AUGUCAGCUGAAUUCAUUUAUGAGGUUAGGCACAUUGAGAACCCAGGUGACAUUUUUACUGUCAACCUAAAGGAAUACAACUGCAUAUGUAGGAAGUGGCAACUAACAGGGCUUCCUUGUGUGCAUGCUAUUGCUGCAUUGAAGAGCAGAGGUUUACAUGUUGAAGACUUCAUUCCUGACAUUUAUAAAAAGGCUAGGUAUAUAUCUAUUUAUGAGCCUAUAAUUUAUCCAGUAAAUGGAACAAAUUUAUGGGUCAGAACAGAGUUCCCAGAUGUCCAGCCACCAAAGUACAAGAAAAUGCCUGGUAGGCCUAAGAAGAGGAGGAAUCAUGAGGCUGGUGAAAUUGAUGGGACAGAUAGGAAAAUGAGGAAGACAUGUAUGAUAAUGAGGUUCACAAGGUGUAGGCAAACUGGGCACAACAAAUCCACCUGCAAGAGGACUCAACCACCACAAACAUCACAACCAACAUAA